CACAUUAGUCUUACAGCCUAAUUCCUUUAGCUCUCUUUCUGCAACUUAUUUUCAGUGAUCAUUUUUCGAUAGUCAUGGGUGCCCAGAGCCAUGUACUCGAGAUCAGUUCGUCCGUGUCAGCAGAAAAAAUAUUCCAGGCUAUAGUCCUUGAUGUUGAUACAGUUAUCCCCAAGGCUGCUCCCGGAGCUUACAAGAGUGUCGAUGUUAAAGGAGAUGGUGGACCUGGAACCAUCAGAAUUAUCACCCUUCCCGACGGUAGCCCAAUCACCACAAUGACGGUUAGAACUGAUGCAGUGAACAAGGAGGCCUUGACAUACGAUUCCACAGUCAUCGAUGGAGACAUCCUUUUAGGCUUCAUCGAAUCCAUUGAAACUCAUCUUGUAGUUGUGCCAACUGCUGACGGAGGUAGCAUUACCAAGACCACUGCCAUAUUCCACACCAAAGGCGAUGCCGUGGUUCCUGAGGAGAACAUCAAGUUUGCUGAUGAGCAGAACACAGCUCUUUUCAAGGCUAUUGAGGCCUACCUCAUUGCUAACUAAACUGAAUUCUAAACUGUUUUACAAUAAUCUGCCACUCCUUAAUUGACGUGUGCCGCAGAAUUGCAAAUUUUAUCUUUGUAGUAUACUUUGUUUUAAUGAGCAACUUCUCGUGAAGUUGGUAAUGUAUGUGUGAUAGUAUUUUAAUGAAAUAAAGUGAUGUGGUAACUUAAUUUUCCAAA